UCUUGUUGUAGUGGCUUGUAUUACAGCCUUGGCAGGUGAUGCUGCAGCUCACACGGGGCUGGAACAGCCUCCUUGCUUAUCUGCUUUUAAUUAGACAGCUGACCUGGUUUCAGCAUCGCCGUGCGUCAACAGCUCCGGGAGCGCAGCUAUCAUUUCUUCCGACCGGAACCCGCUUUGCGCGUCUGACAGACAGACCCUCCCUCUCUGCGCCCCCCAAGGCGCAGCCUUUCCGCGGCAGUUUCAGCACCGGGACAGGAGCUGUCCAAACAUUCAGCACUUUUUGCUUUGCUCCAAACAGGAGGUAGAAACAAUCUCCUGCGCGCUCCGUGGCAGAUUGCUUCAGGAUGGCGUCCAAACGCGUUGGCCUUUUUGUUCUUCUCCAGCUUCUUGUUCUGAAUGUAGUGAUCCAGACAUCUGCCCUCCCCACACCUACAGCCUCAUUGGAUGAUAAAACUGUGUACAACAGACAGCUGACGGAGGAAAGACCUUUACAGGAACAGAUUGCAGAGGCAGACAGUGUAAAGGCUGCAGUACAGUCAGCAGAAAGUAAACAACCCGCGGGCUCCAAGGACAGAGAGUCAGACCAGGGUGACGACUUCACCCUGCUCAAGUCUCUGGCUGAUGGCCAGAAGUCAAAAGAAGCUCUAGAAGCGGCAGUCAGGAAGGAGGAUCAGUAUGUCCCGGAUGAAUCCGAUUCGACGAAGAGCCGACGCCUGGCUGACGACUAUGACUCCACCAAGAGCGGAAUAGACUACAGCAAGUACCAGGAUGACCCAGAAAGCUUCCGGCAGGUUGAUGGCACCCCGCUGACUGCAGAGGAUAUUGUUCAGAAGAUUGCCAACAAAAUAUAUGAGGAGGAUGACAGAGGGGUUUUUGACAGGAUCGUCUCCAAGCUGCUCAAACUGGGGCUGAUUACUGAAAGUCAGGCUGACACUCUGGAGUACCAAGUGGCCGAGGCUCUCCAGGAUCUCAUCACCAAGAAUGCCAAGAAUAAUGAAAUUGAGGAAAUGGAGAGCAUGAACCAGGAGUCUAGGAGAGAGCAGGAUGACCUGGGUCCAGAUACGGACACAUGGGAGCCACCCAGGCGUCGUUACGACGAAGAAGAUGACGAAGAAGAGGAAGGCAAUGAUGACGAUGAGAUUGUGGACGAGGUGGACAGGGAUGUGGAAGAAGACUUGGACGGACUAAAAUUAAAUAUUGUUUCCUUUCAUCCACCUGCAGAGAACCUGGACGCCAUGAUAGCCAUGCAGACAAAGAACAAGUUGGGAAAGUCACUCAUGGUUCCUGACAUUUCCAGCUUUACUGGGAAAAACUUGGAUGAAGAUGACAACACCAAAUCUGAGACAGCCAAGAUGCAGAGGGAGUACGACAACUUGAAGGACUCGACCAAAGAGGAGCAGCCGUCCACUGAAACCAAUCAGCCAGGCAAAUCAGAAACCUAUCUGGAAGCUAUCAGGAAGAAUAUUGAGUGGCUGAAGAAGCACAACAAAGAAGAAGGCAAAAAUGAUUAUGACCUGUCCAAGCUGAAGGAUUUCAUGGACCAGCAAGUCGACUCCUACAUCGAGAAAGGAAUCAUCGCCAAAGACGAGGGCGACACCAUAAAGAGGAUCUACAGCAGUCUGUGACAAAAUCUCCCGUCCAAAACCGAGUCUGACACUUAGAUUUCCUACAAAAACACAGACUCCACCCAAAUGUUUAAAAGAGUACGAUAAAUUAUAUACAAUAUAAUUAGGAAUACAUUUCCAGACAUUCCAAAAACUGAACCAAAAUAUAUUAAAUUUGCCUCAACAAAAUUUCAAGUAUCUGUUGAUCCAACAAUUUAUGUUUGCACCCUAAAACUGAAGAGGAUAAGCUAAACUGCUUUCAUGAGGUACCAGAAUACUUUGUCACAUUACACAAUAAAGUCUGAAUGUAUAUGUUAGACCAUGUAUUUGUUAGAACCACUCUUUACAACAAUACAUCUACAGCUGUCAAAUUAUACAAUAUGUAACCUGUCUUAGUCAGUCAUAAUUACCUUCUUUUCCAUUGCAUAUGUAAUAUUUUGUGUAUUCUUGCUUUUUAUUGUACCAUAUCUAUAUUUGUGAUGUCAUGAUGUCUGUGCGCCUUGUUGCUACCUUUUUCUGUUCUGCUGUAAGUCAUCUGGAGCCCGCUAGGGGGCGGUGCCGAAGUCAGUAAAUCCCUUUGCAUGUCUCUGCUGUGUGUGUUUUACAUUCCCCAUCUAGAAGCGGAUGAUAAAAAGUAUUUUUAAAUGUAAAUAUUUGUGGGGGGUUUUCCUAAAGUUGUAAAAGCAAAUAAAACAUUGCCUUUUCUUUACAUGUGGUCUGAAAAUGGCUUGACUACAUGAUGCUUG